GUGAAGCCAUGGAAGCGACCUCUGCUGCACAUUUUUCAAGCCUCCCUACUCCAUCCCGAAGGCUCUCUCAGAUAAGGCGGAGGAAAAAGAAGACGCAAGACGAAAUGUUCUCGGAAAUCAUGGAAGUAACCCGCAAUGAAAGAGCUCAUUUGAAUGAGUGGAAGGACGUGGUAGCAAAGUACAGGAAAGAUGCCAGUGAACGUGAGGACAGGAGGGACCAACGUGAGGACAGAAGGGACGAACGUGAGGAUAGGAGAGAUGCUCGAGAUGAGAGGUGGCGGCAGGAAGAUCAGAGGUGUAGGCAGGAAGACCAGGGGUGGCGGGAUGCAACGCUGGAGCUGCUGCGUGAUCAAACUGAUAUCCUCCGACGUCUGGUGGAUCUUCAGGAAGAGCAGCGGGGUCACAGAGUGCCACUGCAGCCCCUGUGUAACCACCCUCACCACUCACCAUGUUCCAUAUCUUCCUCACCCAGACAUGUAAGAACGCGUGGGGGAAGGCUUCGUGCACCUGCCCACUCCACCCCAGUGGACAGUCCAACCAAGAGGCUGUCAUUAUAUUGAAAUGUAUUUAAUGGCCUUUUCUUUCCCUCCUAUGCUCCUCCCAAACCACACCCGGGAUACCUUGUCAGUUCUCUGCCUCUUUUUAUAAUUACUUUUUCAUAAUGAAUACAUGAUUUUUAAAUGAUAGAGACUUUAUUUC